CUACGUGCGCAUGCGCAACGUAUGUUUUCACUGCAGAUUCUCCUUUCCUAAAAGGCAUUUCUUCUACUGAGUUAGUGUAACUUUAUGGCCAAAUACAUGAGGCCCCCAAACACGUCUUUGUUCGUCAGAAACAUCUCCGAUGAGUCCAGGCCUGAGGAUUUGCGGCGUGAGUUUGGCCGCUAUGGGCCGAUAGUGGAUGUCUACAUCCCACUUGACUUCUAUACACGUCGAUCAAGAGGAUUUGCAUACAUUCAAUUUGAGGAUGUGCGUGAUGCUGAAGAUGCCCUUCACAGCCUGGACAGGAAGUGGGUUUGUGGCCGUCAGAUUGAAAUCCAGUUUGCCCAGGGUGACAGAAAGACACCAAAUCAGAUGAAGACAAAAGAGCGACAUUCUCCAGGCAGAUCCUCCCGAUAUGACGACCACGAUCGAGACGGCCGGCGUAGACGUUCGCGCAGCCGCAGCUACGGCAGACACAGAUCACGCAGCCCUUCUCACGAUCGCCACCGCAGGCGAUCUGCGAGUCCUCGAGAGUCUCGUGGACGGGUUUAUGGAGGAAGAAGCAGGAGCCGCGAGGAUGACAGAUACAGGCAGAGGCCUCGCAGAGAGUCCAGAGGGAGAUCUCGAUCACGCUCCAAAUCAGCAUCUCCUCGAGAACCCGUCAACCCGGCGUCGACCUCCCAUUACACCGAGGAAGAAGUCCGACGCACACACUCCCCAUCCCGCUCCAGGUCCCGGUCCGCGUCCAGAUCGCGCUCUAGGUCCCGUUCUCGGUCCAGAUCCUGGGCUGGACGCAAGUUGGGAGGCCGCUAGAAAAGUACAGCUCCACCCUUUCUAUCCUUUGUCAUGUCAGAUGCACCAGAGAUGGUGCAUUUGUUAAGAAAUGUUUGUUUUGACAUGAAUGUAUCGUCCACUGAAGCUUUGUAGAAAGCUUGUUUUUGCAGCUCCAUUUUAAGAACGAUGCUGGUCCUUUGCUUGGUUUUAUAAAAUAGUAUUGGUGAAAUUUCCCGAUUUAGAUAUAUGAAACUGUCAGCUGUUUCUGUGUUCAGUGGUAGUCGGCCAGGAAUAAUUGUCUUUUUUUAUAUACGGCUACUGAGGAUUUUGUUUUCCAACCCUAUGCACCCAUUUUUGCAAAAAAGAGCAUUCAUUGUUUUAAAAUGAAUCAAGUCUGUUGGCGAACCAAACCAGCGUUUCUGUGUGUUUUAUGUCAAAUCACAUGCUUUUUUAAUAUACUGCUGACCCUU